AGCAAUUUUGAAUAGAACAUCUUUUCACUCACUGUGUCACCGUCUCAAUGAAAUCGUUCGUCUCCGACUCUGCAAUAAGCUCAUUUGUGUAUGUGUGGUGUGAGAGCUGCUGAGAAGAUGGAUUGCAUGCUUUAGUUUGUCUAUUGUUGCAAAUACCUUGAAGAAACAGCAAUCAGAGGGGAAGUAGCUAUCGAGAGUAAAUUUAUGACAUCCACCUCAUGAUGGAGGUGUUGAAAAUUGCAGUACUCUUUUUAGGAGCUUUUGUUGUCACUAUUGCACUUUCAUAUGGAGUAUCUGUGUCAUGUAUGAUGGUGUAUGAUGAAGGUGGUGUUUCUGCCGUGUUACAGUCUCCCGAAUGUUCUAGGUGGAUUCUCUCUUCUGGUUACCCUCGAAAUCAGACUGUGAACUGCCAGGCUGCCACAUUUCAGGGAAGUAGAGAAUACCAAGAGGAUCGUUUAUUAUGUGAUCUUCAUAUGAAAAUUCCGCUUCUCGGAAAAACUGGGCUUGAGGAAUUUACAAUUGGUCUUGUGGCAGUAUUUGAUGGUCAUGGCGGUAAUGAAGCUAGUGAGAUGGCUUCUAAACUUCUUUUGGAUUACUUUUACAUGCAUGCUGUGUUCAACUCAUACAAGCUAAUGACACAGUACAGGGGAGUUCUACCUGUAACUGAGGAUGAUAUUACGCAGUUGGAAAUACUAAGAGAAGCAUUAUUAAACACAAUCCAUGAAGUCGAUUUUAAAUUUUCUCAGGACGCUUUUGAAAAGAAGCUUUUCUCAGGUUCCACAGCUACCAUAGCUCUUCUUGUUGAUGGGAAGAUUUUAAUUGCCAAUGUUGGUGACUCAAAGGCCCUCCUAUGCACAGAGAAUAUUCAGUCUGGUAAUUUGACAGCCAAUCUUUCAGCUAUUGAGCUGACAGAAGAUCAUCAUCCGGAUAGAGAUGAUGAACGAGCUCGAAUUCAAGCAGCUGGUGGUUCGAUUAUUGGGUUGGGUGUUCCUCGAGUCAAUGGUAUACUCGCUGUGUCCCGAUCCAUUGGUGAUGUGUAUCUAAAGAGAUAUGGUGUUACAGCUGUGCCUGAGGUGACUGGCUGGCAACCUCUAAAUGUCAAUAAUAGAUAUUUGGUGGUAUCAUCUGAUGGAACUUUUGAAAGCUUGACACCGGAAGAACUAUGUGCUCUUAUACAUGAUUCAGGUUCUUGCUUGGCUUCAUCCUCAUUGGCCGAAUGCAUAGUCGAGACAGCAUUCGAGAAAGGUAGCAUGGAUAACUUGUCGGUUAUUGUAGUUCCACUAUUUUGAUUUUCUAUGAACCUUUAAGGGAGAAAGAUAUGAGAAUUCGAUAGUUGGCUUUAGUAAAAUUGUAGUCAUACCUAUGUACAGUCAUUAUUUUAUACUAGUUUUGUAGCAUCAGGUGCACGUUUCCUCCA